CUCUUCCUGAUCACUAAUCGGAGGAAGAUGGUGUGUAGGGAGGAUUUUGUGCUCUUCCCAGAUUGAAGCAGCAGCUGGAAGAAAAGAGGAUGUGAAGAAGAACCCUCUAGACAGCUAAGAAUAACAAGCAACAUUGAAAAGGAAAGCAAACGGAGCCAGAAAUCAAAAUAUUUUCCACUUCCUUCAGAAAACCACACAACUUUCCUUCUCCUCCAGCAGCUCUUAGAAAAAAAAGAGAGAAAAUCAAGAAAGAUUUCAAACUGGAAUAAGUAGAUUAUUCAGAAUUCAAGGAUACCUUACAUGAAAAGUGAAGGAGAUUAUUUUUCAUUCAGUAGAAGAGGGAAAUAUCUGGAAGUCAGUUGGAGGGAAAGGUGAGUAGGAAAGUCACAUAGAGCAGAGAGGCCUCGCCCUGUGAGGAAGAAAACGGAUUGAAUGAAAGCACCACUAAACAAGGGAUUGUCCAUAUUUUUGACUUCCUCAAGAAUAUCAGUUGUGGAAAAACUCCGUACUUGUGUCUCUUGUUGGAAAAGCACAGAUUGCAAAUCACAACUGAUUAUGCACAAGAGGAGCCACAGAGCAGGAAAGCCAUACAAACCAUCUGAUUCUGGCAAAACCUUUAGUCAGAACAGCUCCCUUGUGGUUCAUGGAAGGACCCACACAAGAGAAAAGCCAUAAAAGCACUCCUAGUGCAGUAAAUGCUUUAGUGAGCAUGGCAACGUGGUGAUACACCAGAGGAUUCCCAGCAGGGAGAAAACCUAUGACUGUACUGAUUGUGUGAAAGUUUCAUUAGAAAUUCACAUGUCAUGAAACACCAUAGGACUUGCACAGGAGACAAACACUUUGAAUGUCGUGAUUGUGGGAAAAGUUUCAAUCACAAAUUCAGCCUGGUGACACACCAUAAGACUCACAAAGGAAAGAAACCCUUUGAAUGUCCUGAAUGUGGGAAAAGUUUCAGUCACAAGUCCAACCUGGUGACACACCAGAGGACUCAUAAAACAGAGAAGCCCUUUCGAUGUCCUGAUUGUGGGAAACAUUUCAGUCACAAUUGCAGCCUUGUGAGACACCAGAGGACUCACAAAGCAGAGAAGCCCUUUCAAUGUCCUGAUUGUGGGAAAAGUUUCAAUGAGAAUUCCAGCCUUGUGAAACACCAGAGGACUCACACAGGAGAGAAAUCCUUUGAAUGUCCUGAAUGUGGGAAAAGUUUCAGUCAGGAUUCCAGCCUUGUGAAACACCAGAGGAUUCACACAGGAGAGAAACCCUUUGAAUGUCCUGAUUGUGGGAAAAGUUUCAGUCACAAAUCCAGCCUGGUGACACACCAGAAGACUCACACAGGAGAGAAAUAUUUUCAAUGUCCUAUCUGUGGAAAAGUUUUCAGUGGGAAUUCUCACCUGGUGACACACCAGAGGACUCACACAGGAGAGAAACCCUUUGAAUGUCCUGAUUGUGGGAAAGGUUUUAGUGAGAAUUCCAGCCUUGUGAAACACCAGAGGACUCACACAGGAGAGAAACCCUUUGAAUGUCCUAUCUGUGGGAAAAGUUUCACUAUCAAUUCCAACCUGGUGAUACACCAGAGGACUCACACAGGAGAGAAACCCUUUGAAUGUCCUGAAUGUGGGAAAAGUUUCAGUCACAAGUCCAACCUUGUGAUACACCAGAGGACUCACACAGCAGAGAAACUUUUUGAAUGUCCUGAUUGUGGGAAAAGUUUCAAUCACAAAUUCAGCCUGGUGACACACCAGAGGACUCACAAAACAGAGAAGCCCUUUCAGUGUCCUGAUUGUGGGAAACGUUUCAGUCACAAUUGCAGCCUUGUGAGACACCAGAGGACUCACAAACCAGAUAAGCCCUUUCAAUGUCCUGAUUGUGGGAAAAGUUUCAAUGAGAAUUCCAGACUUGUGAAACACCAGAGGACUCACACAGGAGAGAAACCCUUUGAAUGUCCUGAAUGUGGGAAAAGUUUCAGUCAGAAUUCCAGCCUUGUGAAACACCAGAGGAUUCACACAGGAAAGAAACCCUUUGAAUGUCCUGAUUGUGGAAAAAGUUUCAAUCACAAAUCCAGCCUGGUGACACACCAGAGGACUCACACAGGAGAGAAAAAUUUUGAAUGUCCUAUCUGUGGGAAAGGUUUUAGUGGGAAUUCUCGCCUGGUGAUACACCAGAGGACUCACACAGGAGAGAAACCCUUUGAAUGUCCUGAUUGUGGAAAACGUUUCAGUGACAAUUCCAGUCUUGUGACACACCAGAGGAUUCACACAGAAGAGAAACCUUUUGAAUGUCCUAUCUGUGGUAAAAGUUUUAAUCACAAAUCCAGUCUGGUGACACACCAGAGGAGUCACACAGGAGAGAAACCCUUUGAAUGUCCUGAAUGUGGGAAAGGUUUCAGUCACAAAUCCAGCCUUGUGACACACCGGAGGAUUCACACAGGGGAGAAACACUUUGAAUGUCCUGAUUGUCGGAAAAGAUUCAGUCAGAAAUCCAGCCUUGUGAAACACCAGAUGACUCACACAGGGGAGAAACACUUUGAAUGUCAUGAUUGUGGAAAAAGUUUCAGUCAGAAGUGCAACCUGGUGAAACACCAGAGGACUCAUGCUGGGAGAAAUCUUUCAAAUGUCCAGUCUGUGGACGUUUCUUCACUCAUAAAUCAUCCCUUAUUGCACACAAGGAAAUCCACAUGCGGCAAAAGUUGAAGCAUUUAGAAAAGGCUUGAUAUUCCUUUUUGAUCUCCCAUUGAAAACGUAGUUAAGAAAUUGACUAUUUGAAUUGUGAUCUGAAUCUGUUUACUCAAACAUGUCUCAGGACUAGACUUGUAGGUGGAGAGAAAAGGAAAAUGGAAAAGGGCUAACUGCCAAUUUCUGCUUAGGAGCAGCAGCUUCUGGAUAUUUCCUUUUGUUGAAGUUAUGGAUUUCUUCAAAAAGGCUUCUGGGUGGUAGUUUUGUAUAUUGAUUAUAUAAUUCCCACAUGUGGUGUUUCAGGUUUCUACCUUGGUUUCCUCCAGAUUUUGAGCCGCAGAAUUCCUCAGCUAGCAUAGAAAAGGUCCUCAAGAUAUAACUGUCAUGGGCCUUGCAAUUAUGGCUGCACGUUGCAACAGCUGUUAACUACUCUGAUCUUUCUGAUGCAGCCAUUAAUUUUAUGUGUCAGUCACUAUAUAGAACACUGGCUACCUCAGAGUUGGGGAGAACUCUUGGAGGCCUAGUGCAGGCCCAGGUUUGCCUGUUGUAGGCAUCUCUAGGCCUCCCCACUAAAAUUUACAAUAAAUCAGCCUGUUUAAUAUAAACAAGCCUGUGGUUAAGAAGAUUCACUAAGCUUUUGUCUGGCCAAAAAACUGCCGGUGUCAUCAGAGUUAGAAUAGGAGGAAAUUAGGAAGGCAGCUCAUAUAGCCUCCUGCCUCUGCGCCUGGCUCCUUGAGCGCGUCAUCGCAGCCGAGUUGUUCUGCAUCAGGCAAACCGUCUUUGACUCUACUGGUUGUUUUACGAUCCUCAAGUGCUCUUUUUGAGCGUGUGCAAGCGCUCGGAGGGCGGCUGUCAAUCCGUUCCUGCUCCCAGUCCCUCCCAGGGCCAUUAUCCUCCCCCACUGGAAGAUGGAAGAACAAGUGAAAGAAACAAUGAUAAUGUGGGCAAAGAAUUUUAGUUAUUCUAUAGGUUUAGAAAAUUGGCAAAAACUAUGGGACCGAAAUAUUAAAUUUACUAAAGUAGCUGCACAUAAGGAAAACUUAUAUAAAAUGUUUUAUAGAUGGCACAUGACACCAGUUAGAUUAAAGAAAAUGUUUAAAAAUGUAUCAAACAUGUGCUGGAAAUGUAAACAACAACCAGGCACUUAUUACCAUCUCUGGUGGAUAUGUCCUAAUGCUAAAAAGUUUUGGUUUAAGAGCCAUGUGUGGCUAGAAGAGAUGAUUAAAAUACAGAUAGAAUUUAAACCAGAACUCUGUUUGUUAGGAAUAUUAGGUUUGAAUUAUGGAAAAAAGAAUGAGUAUUUAAUAUUGCAUGUGCUGACAGCCACAAG